AUGGAGUCUCGACCUGCGACGGCUGAGCCGUCCAGUAAGCGGCCGCGUUCACCGUCCGGCGACUUCCCUCCUAUCGCUUCCAAAGUCCCCAAACCUUCUAAUCACCUGCAGAUCAACUACCUGGCCCGUCAGUAUCCGGAUAACCUGCCUCUGGUCUCCGUCGAGGAUACCAUGCCCUCGAUCAUCCAUCUAAUCGGCGAAUAUGACGGCGUCCUGCACCGACACGAGAGUAUCGCCGGCAACCUGGGGGCUUGUCCACUAGGGCCCAUCCUGAUCAAGCGCUUCGAGCGCCUGUUCGAUGGUCCACCCCGCGUGCUCAAAUCCCACGGCAAGGACUCUCCCAAUGUCACCUGGCUGGACGUGGUUGAAUUCGCCAAGAACAAACCGGAACAAUUCAAUCUGGAGAAGUCUCGCAAUGGGGUGCGCGUCUGCCAAUUCUAUACCAAACAGUGUCGCGUCGAGAUCAGCGAGGAGGACUUCGUUCUGAUUGCAUCGGGCAUGCCGCAGAAGAUGAUUCCCCCUCAGCCGAUCAUUGAAGACGAAGAGAAGGAACUGGGCGCGCUCGAGAUCCUGGAAAAGAACCUCCAGCAGAUCAUCCAGGUGGCCGAUCAAGUUUCUGCGCGUGCUCGACAACUCAACCAUCGCUUGAAGAAUCGGAGAACGGCAAUCGUCACCCGGCGCGAAAAUGACCUGUCGCUCCAUUGUCAGCGGCAACAACAGCAACCACGCUCUCUCAGUCCGGCAUGGCGCGAUGCCAACGGACAUGGACCACCGUCGCUCAAUGGUAGCGCGCCGGUGAGCGCCCACUCUCCUUCCACUGGUUUUGUGGCGGUCAAUGCCGGCCGGCCCGGCGCUGGCGAAGCAGCGGUGGAGGAGAAUUCCCUCUCGUCGCAGUUCAUGUUUUCGCACUCCAACACGGAUAAUGUCACCAUCAUUAACGGAACCUCCAUCAAAGGGGCCUCCCCGACCACGCGCGCCGAGCUCAUGAAGAAGUUCUUCACCACGCAAGACCGACAAUCACGAUCCUACGAAGAAGGGCCCGACCCCGCUGCCCGACAGUCGUCACGGCCGCGGCCGCGGGCGUCUGACGCGUCCGACUACAACAUGUAUACCCCGGCUCCCACUACCGUCGCUAUCCCGAGUACGCCGUCCUCGUUGCUGCCACCCCCCAAGUCUCAACACCAUGAUAAGGAUGACGGCGGCCCGCACAAGAUGGAGAUGGUGGCCCGCAUGGAGGAGCUGCAGCGUGGAGAACGCAUCAUGCCCCCCUGCGAUCGAUGUCGCCGUCUCCAUAUGGAUUGCCUGAAGAACCUGACAGCAUGUAUGGGAUGUACCAAGAAGCACGCCAAGUGUUCUUGGAAGGACGUGAAGGAAGGAGAGCUACGGGAAACCCGGGUGGACCGCAGCUCCCGGGAGCGGGUGGAGGAAGCGCAAGCCAAGGAGGUCUCGGCGGCCAACAUGCUACCCUCUUCCGUACAAGCGCCCCCCUCCGCGGCGGCGACUCCGGCCUCGGAUCCGACGAUGAUGGAUGUGGACCGACCCCACGCCCACGAGGUCCAUGUCGAUUUCAGUACGCGACGAGAGUCGGCCCCAACCGCCCCGGCAGGCCCGGCAGUGGGCACGCCUUUCAAGAGAGACCUCUCCCCACGUCGAGCGAUGAGCGAGAUCCAGGGCAGCAACAUGAUGACUCAGGAUCGACGAAUCAGCAUGCAUCGGCAUAGUGAUGCGGCGCAGGACGAUGACGCACCGGAUGCCAAUUCGCGUCUGAUGCAGGCGAUCUUGGAUACGGUAGACCAUCACGCGCGGGUGGCGGCCGCGGCGAAAGAAGGGCAUGAAGUCAGUAACGAACGAGAACGAGAAAGGGAUCGAGAGCGCGAGCGCGAGCGCGAGCGCGAACAGGAGCGCGACCGGGAACGGAAGUUGGUGCGAGCAUAG